AUGUCAGUCGAAGACUUUCAAAUUUUAAUAACUUUAGUUGGGCCUGUUAUAAGUAAACAAGCUACAGCAUUCAGGAAGCCGAUACCACCAGAAGAGAGAUUUGCAGUAACAUUGAGAUUCUUAGCUACUGGCGAUAGCUAUAGAACAGGGCCAUGGGUUCCCGACCCCUGCUAUAGAACUAUAGCUAACAGCUAUCGUCUUGGCAUAUCAACUGUGAGCAACAUUGUCUCAGAAACAUGUUCUGCAAUAUGGGAUGCAUUGAGAGGGGAUUUCCUCAAAUGCCCAUCAAGUUGUUCCGAAUGGACUGAGGUUGCCGAUGUUUUUCACAAAAAAUGGCAAUUUCCAAACUGUUUGGGCGCUAUUGAUGGAAAGCAUGUUGUUGUUAAAUGUCCUAGCAAUGCUGGAUCGUUGUAUUACAAUUACAAAAAAACGCAUAGCAUUGUGCUCCUGGCUAUCGUUGAUGCAUGUUAUAAAUUUCUUGCGGUGGACAUUGGCGCCUAUGGCAGAGCAAGCGAUGGGGGAAUAUUUGCGAACUCAUGUUUUGGCCGUCGCCUGCAGAAUGGAACCUUGAGUCUACCCUCACCAAGGCCAUUGCCAGUAACGGAUGGACCUACUGUUCCGUUCGUAUUCAUUGGGGAUGAAGCCUUUCCCUUGAAAGAAAAUCUGAUGAGACCAUUUCCUGGCAAUGGUCUCUCGCAGGAGAAAAGAAUCUUUAAUUAUCGCCUAUCGCGGGCAAGAAGAAUGGUAGAGAGCACAUUUGGCAUCUUAGCUAAUCAGUGGAGAGUCUAUCACAGACCAAUACCAUUGAAGCCCAGCAAUAUCGACUCUGUCAUAAAGGCAACAUGCUGCCUACACAAUUUUUUGAGAAGAGAUGUUGCUGGGGCUGCACCAGUUGACGAUAAUAUUACAGUGUCCACUCAACUGCUGCAUGACAUACCCGGGAGUGGUGGCCGUGCAACACAGAGCGCACAAUCUGUUCGCAACACCUUUGCCAACUACUUUGCAGGGAAGGUGCUGUGCCCUGGCAAUGGCACCAUUGCUGAUCUUUAA